GAAUAAAAAGAAUAGUUAAUUUUAACCUCAAUUUUUCCUUGUACAAAUUUAACAUCGAAUGAUAUAAUUUAUAAAAGAUUUUGAAUAUCUUUUAAUCAAUGGGAGAUAAUAUGUUGCAGAAUUAAUUAUUUAAUUAAUUGUCGUGAUCUUUCUAAUCAGAACUGGAUAGUAAAUUAAAUCAGGUUAAAGAUGCAGUGCAGAUGCUUGGGACGAUUAAGUUUAACAAAUUAUUAUAAUUCUUUGCAGCUAAGGAAUUUAAAUUCUCUUUCUGCAGCAAUUACGAAACCACAUAGAAGGAUAUAUGAAAGGACUUACCCUGUAAUGGUAGUUAAUCCUGAUGGCUCUACUUUUACGAUACGAUACCAUGAACCCAGGAAAAUAAUAACUUUACCAAUUAAUAUUUGGACACUUAGUGAAGCAGAACGUAAAGAAAGGUUAGAACGGCGUAAACCUAGGAAGAAAAUAAAGAUUGAAGAAGAUAUUGAUGAUGAUUUUGAUUCUCAAAAAUAUAUUAAAUACAUAAAAAAGUAAAGCAAGAACAUUAUUUGUUACAUUUAAUUGUACUUACCAGUUUUAUUACACAAUUGUAAAUUUUUGAAUAAUUAAAAGUAGAUUAAAUAGA